AUGGAUGGUCAAAUUACUUCUUCGGUUUAUCCUUUAUCCAGGAUCAGAUUCCAAGUGGCUAAUCCAUUAAUGAUUAUGAUCUUCAUACCAAUAUUCCAAUUCUUGGUAUAUCCUUUUCUGGAUAACAACGGAAUGAAGACCACCUUGCUUCAACGCAUGGCGAUUGGUGGAAUGACGGCGGCUUUUGCAUUUGUAAUGUGUGGCUUCGUACAACUUCGUGUCAAUGUACUACCCAUUUCUUAA